UUACGGGUUUGAGUGCAACAAGUCGAAGCAUUUUUGGCCUUUCACCCAUUCGCGGAAUAUAUAAGCUUGCACAAACCAGACAUAAAGCAUCAGUUGUUCUAGUCAUCAACCGAAUUCAACAUGAAGCUGUUUGUUAUCGCCACCGUCUUGGCCGUCGCUGCCGCCACCAGCUACCCCUCCAACUAUGCUCCUUCCAGCUACAAGGAUAACAAGUACGCCGGAAUCACCAUCGUGAGCCAAUCCGAUGAGCGCAACCUUGACGGCAGCAGCAAGUGGAGCUACGCCGGAUCCGACUACACCACCCGUGAAGAGUCCCAGGUCCAGAAGAAGAUGCAAGGAGCCUCUUACGAUUCCUACGGAAAGGCCACCUACGAGGAUGCUAUGGGCAACACCAACAAGGGAUCUUCCUACUGGGUUUCCCCGGAAGGCGAGAAAUUCACUUUGACCUGGUCCGCCGAUGAGGCCGGUUUCCAGCCCAAAGGCGACCACUUGCCAGUUGCUCCCGUCCAUGAGUACGAGCUCCCAGUUGCCCCCGUCCACGAAUACGAACUUCCCGUUGCUCCCGUUCACGUUUACGAACUCCCCGUUGCCCCAGCUCUCCCCUACACUCGCACUGGAGCUGGUUAUUAAUUUAAAAAAUUAGAAACAUAAAUUGUUGUUAAUGUCAGCUUUAUCAAUGUUUCCUAUGAUAUUGUAUACGUUGAUUUUGGUGUAAAUUAAAGAAUAUUAUUCAAAAUGAAUUUUUUCUUCACGGAAUUCAACCCGAGAUUUAACAAGAUGAAUGAAGUAUUAACACUAGAAUUAGGUAUUCGUAUCUAAUAAUAUUUAUUGAGAAAACUGCCUUUUUCUAUGUGUUUGCAAUGGCCUUGUUUAUUUUUGAAGUUUUGAAACUUUGAAUUUAGCGGGCAUUAACUGACGAACGAAAAAUGCUGUUUAGCCUUUUUUAUGAGCAGACGAAUUUGACGUCAUUCUACUUGUUAUUGGCAUUUUCUUCUGGAAAUGACGAGUUUCGUAUUCGUUUUUCCCAAGUUGUAGACUUAAAGUAAUUUUUCCUAAUCAAUUUAACUAAUCGAACACUUUGAAAUACAUCACUAACUGCCAUUUUUAAAGGUUUCUCAUCGGUCCAUCAAUAAAUAGUUUGAUUCAAGUUAUUUGUUAAGACUUCAACUACAGAAACAAACAGCUAUGCCUUCCAGAUUUACACCCAGACAUCCAUUCCAUCAACCGUUUCAUGGUAUCUCAACGAAGAGCCCAGACGCAAAAAGAAAAGAAGCUUUGGAACGAAUUUUGCAAUUCAACCCAGUGAAAGCAGGAGACAAAGACUAUACCUUGCCAGUUGGCUUUGUAAAAGGCGGAGUUCAACAACAAACAGAAAGGGGAGAAAUUGUCGAAACAAAUGAGAAUCCCGGCUCUUCUUCUGAAAGUGCAACAAACGUGUCAAAUGAUUCGCGAACGAACCCACACAAUGAAAUAGGCGGAUGGGAGAAACACACCAAAGGCAUCGGUGCUAAGCUUCUAUUAAAGAUGGGCUACAAACCCGGACAGGGGCUCGGCAAGAGUUUACAAGGAAGGAGUGAACCUAUAGAAGCCAAAGUUCGUAAAGGACGAGCAGCAAUUGGCAGCGAAGAGUUGUUACCACCACAAUCGCAUCAUCGUUCCAACGCCCAACAGUCGUUAAUCGAACACAAACUAAAAAACAAGAAAUUUUCCAAGAGAAAAAAGAACGUGUUGGCUGCCAUCCCUAAAGCAGCAGAACCUCCCAGGAGAAUGAAUCUCAUCUAUCCGGAACUAUCAAACUACCAGAGCAAAACGUCAAAUAUCCUGCGUUCAUCGAUGGGCGAUCGUAUUACAAUAGACAGGACACCGGAUGUUAUUUGUAUAGCGAGCUCAGAUGACGAAGAUUGCCUGAUUCUGUCUGACGCUGAAAAUUCUUCCAAAACAACUUUACCCUCGGACGAUGCGAAUAGAACCACACCAGCCAGGCGCACCACACCUUUAAAGAGUCCUACUUCAACGAGUUCCGCCAGAUCAAGCGCUGCUUCGUGUGAUGUUGUUUGCAUUUCGAGUUCAGAUGAAGAGGAUUGUUUCAUUUUAUCUGAUGGUGAAACGUCCCCCUCUAAUGAGAUUGGCGCUCGUGUCUCAACGGCCUUGUCCAACAACAAUACUCCCGAAACUUUUUCAUGGAAUCGCCCGAAGUUGUCAGUUUCGCAACGUAGGAUGAGAAAAAUGCGGAUGAAGGAGUGGUCUCAACGGAGAAAAAUCCGACACAGCAUUUCCAAUUUGUAAAUCUUAACUUUGGCUGCUGGGGAAGGGGAAAGCAAUUUUCAAUUUAAGCUCUCAAUUGUCUUAAAUGAUAUUCAAUGCAUUUGCCCAAAUUCUAAAAAUUACAACACAAUUAGACCACAAGCUGUAUAAAUCCAACAAUGAACGAGGACAAGAUGUAAAUAAAAUCCAUUUCUAUUA